AUGUCGUCCGUCACCGCUGACUACAAGCUCUUCACGCCACUGGAACUCAGCAAGGACGUCGUUCUCAAGAACCGUAUCGUGUACGGCCCCACGACUCGUGCGCGAUCGGACCUGGAGACGCACGUACCGCUGGAGCGCAACAUCGUGUACUACGAACAGCGUGCGGGUGCCGGUCUUUUGAUCACAGAAGGUUGCGGCAUUUCCGAACAAGGUUUCGGAUGGCACGGUGCUCCUGCUCUCUAUACAGACGAACAGGAGGCUGUCUGGAAGGAACUGGUUGACCGUGUGCAUGCCAAGGGAACCAAGAUCUUCCUGCAGCUAUGGCACAUGGGUCGCCAGUCUCACCCGUCCUUCCACCCGACCAAUGAGGUGGUGUCCGCUUCGGCAACUCAGUAUGUAGAUGGAACUACACGCAAUGCGAGUGGUGAACGCACGGGCUUUGAGAAGGCCCGUGCGCUGGAACUAGAGGAGAUCCCGGAGGUGGUCGAGAUGUACCGCCAGUGUGCCAUCCGUGCGAAGCGUGCUGGCUUCGACGGCGUCGAAGUACAUGGUGCCAAUGGUCGACGACGAACCAGCGUACGGACAAGUACGGCGGUUCGUUCGAGAACCGCUACCGCUUCCUACACGAGAUCGUGGAAGCGCUGA